AUGUCAACCACUGUGCUCAUUCAACGCAUCCGUAGUCCUCCUCAGGCCCCUGCGCAGACACCAGGAUGUCUCAGCAUCUUGCCCAUUGCUCAGAUUGUAAUUGGUGCAGUAUACCUGGAUGACUGUCCGCGACAGCCCUUCAUUCCCAUCUAUUUGAUAGUGGCGGGAGUAUUUGGCAUUAUCCUAGCGGUGCUCUCCUGCCUGCCUUGCGCCCAGAAGCCUGAAGAUGGCACCUCCACCCCCCUCAGCCGACUCUGCACAGUCUGGAACUCGUUAACUUCUUUCUUCCUCUUCUGUUGGUUCAUUGCUGGAAAUGUGUGGAUCUACUCUAUUUACAAGCCCAAUUACAACAAGAACACAACAAGUGAGGAUCCCUACUGCAACAAGACACUCUACCUGUUCGCUUUCUGGAGCACCACAUUAGUCUACAUCGUCUUGUGUUUGUUCCUGUUGUGUGGCUGCUGCGCCCUCGUCUGUUUCUGCAUUUGUGGCAGUGCAGACCCCGACGAUGACAAUUAA